AUGUCGUCAUCAUCAUCCGAUGAAAUCGAUGAAAGAUUGGACGAGGUUCUCGAUGAAAUCGUCGAAGAUGUAUAUAAUGACAUAGUGGAGGCCCAACCGAAUAUGCAAAACACACGGGGUUAUAUUGAACGAGACCGUGAAGGGGGACACACCCGUUUAGUUAAUGACUACUUCAGAGAGAAUGCGACAUACUCGGCACAAUUCAGACGACGUUUCCGCAUGAAUAAGGGUUUAUUCAUGCGUAUUGUCCUUGCCCUCCAGGAGAACUUUGUAUUCUUUCAACAAAGACCAGAUGCAACCGGGAGGUUAGGUCAUUCUCCGCUACAAAAAUGUACGGCGGCUAUUCGACUGCUUGCUUAUGGUACUGGGGCUGACACGGUUGAUGAAUAUCUCCGAUUAGCUGAGACCUCAGCACUUUUGUGUUUACAUAAUUUCACUGACGGAAUUAUACAGUUAUUCGGAGACGAGUAUCUACGACGACCCACACCGGAUGAUCUUCAACGACUACUCGACAUUGGAGAGAAACGAGGGUUUCCUGGGAUGAUCGGGAGCAUUGACUGUAUGCAUUGGGAGUGGAAAAAUUGCCCGACCGCUUGGAAAUGA